CGAGUUGGUAAUUAAAUCGAGGCAUUUUUAUUGUCGGUGGUUUUUGAUAAAAAUCCGAAUCGUUUCCCCUUGAAUUACAAUGCUACAAGGGACUUAUUUUAAUGUGUAGGGGAGAUUUUUUGACUCUAGUACCGUGUUUUAUCCAGUGAUCUCGAGGUACGAUGGAAAUAUGGCGCUUUUUCCGAAACACCUUACGCCACCUACUGUUGAUGUGUCAGGAAUUCCUGUAGUUACAAACGAUGUGAUUGGGCGGUUGGUUCAUUUCACGUGAAUGUAUAAAAUAAAUAUUUAAAGGAAAGGUGGGAUAAAUGAUUGCAUUAUUGAGUCCGUCAAUGGAAAUAAUAUUUAAAUAAUAUAUUUGUGAUAAUCGUGUGAUUUUAAUAAUUGGUUGAGGGUGAAUAACGAACAGAUGCUCGGCGGGGUUGACAUGGCGGCGUUUCGAUGAGCCAAUUGGAGGUCCGCUCUCUUAACAAGUCGGAUAUUGUAAUUUCCCCUUACAUUCGCGUCAGUGAAUUAUUUUGUGCUCCGUUUUGCCGUUAUUGAUAAUAAAUCGGGUUUUUAUUGUUGGACUAGGCUAAUUGUUAGCCGAGGUGGACUCGCGGGAGGCUCGAACGAUAUCGUUUUUUAACGUUUAUAAUGAGAUAUUGGUGUUUGAUCACGUGACUAUAGCCGAAAAAUGGCGCAAAGAUCAGAGUACAAACAUGGGAUCCAUUUCGUUGCAACGGUGUCAUUUGUAUUUGUUUACAAGCGCGCGUUUUCAUAAACCACGUGUUAAGUAGGUGACGUUAGUUAAUUGACUGACGGUAUCAAACAAACGAUGACGGGACGAGGCACGAAAAGGCGGGGGCGUCCCCCCAAGUCCGUCGUAAUGGAAAGGCCAAAAAAAUUCCAAUACCACCUUAUGAAGAAACCUAAAUACCUGCAAAAUAAAGGCUCUGAAACACCCAACUCUCAGCCUAGUACACCAACUGCGUCAAGAGCCUCUUCGCCUGUUGAGAGUGAGGAGAGCAGGCGAAGUACCCGUAGCAGAAAGUCUCGGAGUCUACGAGAGAAACAUGCCAGAAAAGGUGGUCACUCCGGUGCAAGUUCGUACCAGCGUCGUGGGUACAAUCCUAAUGUUGACUACCACGACUCUGAGUACCACUACGGUUCUGACUUUGGAGAUGAAUCCAGUGAAAAAAGUGAUGUCGACGAAGAACCCAUUCCUAGCGAUGUCGAAUCUUCUGAAAGUCUUGAAGAACCUGACCCAUCAAGCGAUAGUGACUUCUCUCUUUCCAGCUAUAGUACCGCUAGCGGAACACCCCGAAAAACUUUGCUUAGUCAGCAAUCGCAACGUGCCCCUAGCCCUGAACCUCUGUGGCUCCAAAAUCGCGAGCUACCACCUCUUAUUCUCCCUAAAUCCUCGGACGAUUUACUCGUGCCUCGAGAACUCGUUAUGCCAUCUCUUUCGAUAUAUGAGGUAUUGAGGCACUUCAGAACUCUGGUUCGUCUGUCUUCAUUUAGAUUUGAAGAUUUUUGUGCUGCACUUGUAUGCGAAGACCAAACAAAUCUGUUGGCUGAAAUUCACAUUAUGCUCGUAAAAGCCCUCCUCAGAGAAGAAGAUUCUCAACAGACUCAUUUUGGUCCUCUAGAUCAGAAGGAUUCUGUUAAUGUUAGCUUGUAUUUUGUUGACCAAAUGACUUGGCCAGAGGUUUUGCGAUCCUAUGUUGAAAGUGACAAGUGCUUCGAUGAAAAUAUUCUUAACACACUAUCUUCCUGUGAAUAUCCGUUUACUUCAGUUGAAAAUAGGAUCAAAGUACUACAGUUUUUAACCGAUCAAUUUCUCAUUAGUAAUCCUGUUCGAGAGGAUUUGUUGCAUGAAGGAACCGUACACUAUGACGAUCAUUGUCGUGUAUGUCACCGACUGGGUGAUCUAUUGUGCUGUGAAACGUGCCCAGCAGUCUUUCACUUGGAAUGCGUCGAGCCACCAUUGGUGGAUGUUCCUACAGAAGAUUGGCAAUGCAGCAUCUGCAAGGCCCACAAAAUUACCGGAGUAGUAGAUUGUAUACCAGAUGUUGAGAAAAAUGGUCUGUUAUGCAGACAAGAACAUUUAGGAUUUGAUCGACAUGGCCGGAAAUAUUGGUUUCUUGGUCGUAGAGUCUUUGUGGAGAGCGAAGAUGGCGAAGUUUGGUAUUACAGCACACCGUUACAGUUUGAAGAGCUUAUGUCUUGUCUCGACCAAAAUGAAAUGGAAGUGGCUUUAUAUCGUGAACUAUCUGACUAUAAAGAGGAGAUCAUUCGUCAAAUGGAGCUAACUGAGAAAAUAACCAACCAGUGUAAAGGGAAUAAAAAAUCCUACUUGGAGGUAGAAAAUGCUAAUAUACAGAAGAUACAAAAGGAGAAACAAGAGAAGGCCAACAGAGAAGAAGAAGAACGGAAAGAAAAAGAACGGCAAGACGCUGAGGAAAUGGUUCGCAGAAUGCAUGAGGGAACUGAUUCCUUAGAAGAACAAUUAGCAGCCAUCUCUGGUCAGACUGCGGAUCGAGGAGCAGCAUCAACCGGUGAAACUACAAGUGCAGGGGGUGGUGGUGAUGGAAUGGAUGUAAACCGACAAAACAUUCCUGAAAAUGCAACCAAUACUGUCGAAGUUGGUGGUGGUGAUACGGCAGAGUCUACAUCAACAACCGCGGUGACGACAAGCGAGUCCACGACUAAAAUUAGUAAGACAGGCUCAUCUCUGUCUACCUCGGAUGACGUUGAGGAAGAAGUCGUGGAGGGAGAAGAAGAUCCUUCAAAGCUUGGAAAAGAUGGCAAAAAACAUACAAUUGUAACAAGAUCAAAGACAGGAUCUUUACAACCGCGCACCUUUAAUAUGGAUGAUUUGAAGAGAAGGAGUACAACGACUCUCUCAAAAGAAGAACAGGAAAAACUAGACAAAACCUUGAAAGACGAAGGAGAUGGAACUCGAAUAACUCGGCAGAAAGCACAUCAGAUUGCAUCCGGGACUCAUUUGUUCAAAUUAGGAAUGGAUAAUGGAUUCAAAUCGUACGUUAAUCAGUACAGCACAAACCCCAUAGCGUUGAACAAACCUCAACGUAAUGAAGAACGUGACAAGAAGAGGCACCUCUCCCACAAAUUUUCUCUUACCCAGGCUUCAGAAUUCAAAUGGGUUGGGAGUUUGACGGGAACUCGUGCUCUCCUGGUCAGCACCUUACGACAAACUAUUCUACAACUAGAAGGGAGCAUCCAAGCUCCAUUCAUGCACACCAACUGGCCUUUGCUCCGAAAACCGUGGACAACUGCCGUCGGAGCCUGCGUUAAUCCAAGAGAUUUUGCCAGAGCUCUCAUCGUACUACAAGCCUGCAUAAAAUCUGUGGUAUUUGCAAGUGUAUGGCACGAUCAGUUAGGCCAUGUGAAACUACAGAGAGUGACUGCACUUGAGAGGGAAGAAAAAAAAAGGCAAGAUAAAAAAGAUAAGAAGGAAAAAGAAGAUGAAGAAGAACGAAAUCGGCUGACUUACAACUUUGUAAAGUAUACUUUGGGUCUGAAACAUCAAGUGUGGAAACAAAAAGGUGAGGAGUAUCGUGUCCAUGGUCAAUGGGGAUGGCUCUGGCUCUCUGGCGGACGCCGGUUCAGAUCUCCUAAUGGAAGUAAAGCAGGGUUACGCAUGGGACCUCAAAAGAUUAUGGUGCAAAUCAGGGAUCAGGGUGGGAUCAAAAUUUUAGCGCUUGAUCCGCCUACAUACGAAUUUCUGAUAAAAGAGUAUUGCGAACCAAAGGAAUCGAAACAAAUCAAGACCGAACUUGAAGAAACUUUGGAAGUGAAAAAGGAAAUCAAAGAAGAAGAACCAGCUUCAGUUGUCAAGCAGGAAGAUGAAUCUGCCGAAGCCAAAACCGAAGAGAAGAUAAACGUUAAAGAAGACACGGACACAAAAAGUGAACUAAAAUCGGAGCCGGAAAAUAAACCACAUAUACCUUUUCUAGCUGGGAUGAAAAUAGAAAAAGUAUUUUUGCCCAUAAAAAAAUUUGAAGAAAUCGAUGUUACUAAGGCAUUGACAACCCCUGGUCGUCUACAUUACCCAAAAAUCGCUAAGAAGACUAGAAUCGACGAUUUCUUAUCCAGGAGAACCCACCUCAAACUUUUGGAAGAGAGGAGAUUAUCCAAAACAGAGAAGUCAAAGGAACAAACAGGACAAGCUGCUGGUCUGAAGAAUAUUGAAGGGGAUGCUGAGGUAGAUAUAGAAAAUAACGAAGAGAGUGACACCGAUGCUGGUGAUGGAUCCUUGCAGAGUAUCCUGUCUGGAAAGACACCCACUAAAGGGGUUUCUGCGUCGGCAAGAGAUAUGUUGACAGUAAUUGGUAAACGAAUUCAACAAGUCAGAACACAGUAUGCAAAUAUAUUGCGACUCUCCAAAAAUGGCAGCUGUUAUUCCCGCUACUGUAACAUGACUGUACCUCCUGGAAAAGCAACCUCGGCAGCUCAAAGUCUCACCUCAACGUGUUACUCUCCGAUUUGUCUGCAAAAGGCUAGGAUAAAAAGGGAUCUUAUUACGCUUGUGAGGAAAGCAAAUACGCUGAGCAACAAUCAAUCGGUGCCGACUCUAGCCCCAAUCACUGCUGCAGCGGCUACUCAACAGACCAAGCCAAGUUUGAAACAAGAAGCACCCGAUGAAGCCAAAGAUGCUAUCAGAAGGGACUUGGAAUCGGCUGUUGCUAUGGCUACGCAUUGCGCUGAAGAAGUUCAAGCCACCAACGUAGUUGUUCAGAAAACCUCAGAUCCAGUGACCAAUGAAGAUGGACCUACUCAACCAUCAAAAAGAAUUAAACUAGAGGCACCAACUCCAGAAGAAAACAUAGACGUUGGGGACAAUACUGACGCGGCAGAUAAGAGCGCUGUAACAAUAAAAACAACCAGUAGCGUAGUGACAACUACGACGGUAACCACUUCACAGCAAACAAUUAAGACAGUUGAUGGUGUGGUACAAAGUUUGCAGGAAAUUUCAUCGUCUCAGAACUCUGUAUCCGUAACAUCGGAAACGAAAACUUGCAACGUUAAUAAAACAGGAUUGAAAACAGUAUUCGUGAAUCGACGCGGUAGAACGGUACAAAGAAGUUCAACUACAGCAAAAGAGUUGAACGCGGAUGGCACAGAAAGAAUAUAUUCUGCCACUUCGUCAGAGGGAAAAGUUUAUUUGAAAAAAGUUACUACCUCACUAGCGGAGAGACGGAAGAAACGUACUCCCGUUAAGUAUCCAUUGUGUUCAACCUUUUCUACACGAACCAAGCAUCGCAGCAUUCUAGUCCUGCCCCAACAUGAACUUCGUAAACUUGCCAGACUGGGGGGUCGCACUCCUGUUUAUGGUUUUCAUCACAUAGCUAAGGCUAAUAUGUCGGUAUGGCCAUACCCUUGCCCUAGACCACUCUUCAAAACCUGCUGGCUUUAUCGCACUGUUGGUCUUAAAUCUUUAGCAUCAGCUGCUUUACAGCUACGCAUUUUAUGGGCUUGUUUACGGUGGGAUGACAUGUCUGCUAAACCACUAUCAACAGAUGGCAAGCACCAAGUUACAACUGAUACAGAAAUUAUGUCUCUGGAGAUAUUAAAGCAUCGACAUGUUGGCCAAUUCAUGGAUAGAGCCCAAUAUUUGCGAAGAAAAGUUGUGAUACCUUUGGAGCUUCCCAAGCAAGUCAGAGAAGUCACAUCAAUACGCAGUGGCUUGAGAAAAAGAAAACGUCCUGAAUCACCCCAAAGUACGGAACCGCAAGUCAGCGAAGAAUGGGUGGAUGAAGACAAAUUGGAUCUAUGGGAAAUCAAGCAGUAUGGAGACAAGUUAGAGAAGGCUAAUGCCCAGAUUAUUACUAGGAGUAGAUCAGGAGUUCCGCAAUCUGUUGUUGUCGGAGGGAAUAGAAGUUCUAUCACAGGAAGUGUGGAUCAGCUUGUCAGUGGCAAGGCUACCCCUGAAGAAAUUAAGGAAAAAAUGGAGCAGCAAUUACGUUUGCAAAGGGCUGCUCAUCAGCAAAAACGAGCUCUGGAAACUCUCAAGAGUCCUGUGAAUGCGGGAACUGGUACCCAACUUGUUAAAGUUACAUCAAAUUCAAAUCCAGAUGGCACGCUCAAGAUUGUUUCAAAAGUGGCAAUAUCUGGUAGUCCCAAUACAAGUGGGAAGUCCCAGUUAACUUCUCUGCUGACUACGCCGAGUCAGAACAAAACGUUCCUUGGUACCAGGCGUAUCUAUAUGACAAAAUCAUCUGACGGAACAACACGAGUGGUGUCUGGACCUACAAGCAUUCUCCCUAAAAAUACUACGACCUCUCAAAUAACCCAUUCGCAGCCACAACAGCAACAGUCUCUCAUCAAAGUCACAAGUCAAACAGCUGGUCAAGUUAAUCAUACCACCCAAGGAGCAUCUAACACUCCAGUCCAGCACGUGCAACAGAGAGUUCAGAUUCUUAGAGGGCCAGAUGGGAAACUGCAGGUCCGCGGAUUAAUGCCUGGUCAACAGCUGGUACAAAUGCCGGAUGGCAAACUUCAUGUUCUAAAUACAGGUCAAGCUAUAGCUGCAACUCCUGCGCAAUCCCCGGCAACCACAACCUCUUCUACUACAACACCUCAGACUGGCGUAAAAACUGUAACUAAUAUCAGUCCUGCUAAAACACCUACACCAACAACUGUAUCGACCAAAAGCACUCCUUCUAAAACUCCGAGUAGCCAAACCCAACAACCAGCAACUCAAUCACAGGUUAUGACACCAAGUGGACAACUGAUCAACACUAAUCAGAUUGUAGUAAAUAAUGCAGCCCUUGCUCAGCAAUUAGCAUCAGGCAAAGCUCAGUUAGCAACCAUCGGAGGACAACAAGUUGUUAUCCGUAGUACGCCAACCGGUAAUCAGAUCGUUCAUUUAAAUUCAACUAGUGGCAGUGUUGUUGUAAAAAAUACCGCUUCAUCGACUAAAGUUUCGAAAGGUGUAGUACUGCAACAAAAUCAGCCAGCAACGCCGGCAACGCAGGCUGCAGAACCCAGUGGAACGAAUACUGCCACUAAUGCUCAAACUGUGACUUCCCCUACUACUCCAACUACUUCCAAUCCAACCCCAACGGCUCCAGCUCCUGGCAGUGUAGAAGCCUCGCUGUUAGCUGGCCAGCCACCUGGCACUGUCAUCAAAUGCGUUACAGCACAGGUUAUUCAAACAACACAGGGGCCGAGAAUCGUUCUCCAAGGACUGCAAGGUGCUGAUUUUACCCCACAGCAACUUGCAAUGGUUCAACAACAAGUUAAACAACAAUUGCUAAAAGCGCAAGCCACAACUGGAAAACAAGGUGUGCUAGGGCCUACAAAAAUAUACUUAGCCGUUCAACCAGCCCCAAGCACGCAGGCUGCUAUCGCAUCACGUACACCAGCCACUUCUGGCCAAACGCAACCUGCUCAGCAACCUUUGGCAUCACCUCCACAUGCUGCUGUUCCUUCAACAACUACACCUCAAACUGAAUCAGCUGCAACUCCAGCUCCAUCGCAAACUGGGGCACCUGGAUCUCCUGUAAAGCCUAAAGUUGUCGUACAGCAAGUGGGGCGCCCUACUACAGGAGGAGAUGCAGAACCACAGCGUGCAACAGUUGCCAAUGGACAGCAACCGUCGCAACCCUCACAAGAACCCAACCAGACUGCUGCUAAUAAGUUUGUGCUCACUCCGGAUUAUAUACAGCAAACUAUAAAAAAUGCACUAAAGCAGGAAAAUCUUAAUCCUGAAAUAGAAGAGAAACUGCUGCAGCUCCAACGCUAUCAGGAGAAGCAAAUGAAAGGCGGUGUUGAGACUGCCGUAACCUGCAAUCCAACCCCAGGCACCCCGACCAUCGCUACUCCAAGAGCUCCCUCACGCAAAAGGCCUGCACCCCCCAACAUUCCACCUGCCGCUUCACCGACUACACCACUUCCAUCAACGAAUGAGAAGGACAACGAAUGGAGUGAGACACCCAAGAAGAAACCAGCUCCACGACAAGAACCCAGAGAAAUAGCAAAAGCACCGAAAACUAAUGAAGUUGUAGAAAGUACUACUGAAAGCGCAACUCCAAAAAACCGCGUAGGAAAAAUCAGAGAUUCUCAAGAGCAGAGGAGAAAACAACAAGUCCAUUCUCGUAUGCAAGUGUUGCUAUUCAGGCACAAGGAGCUUCUAAAAAAAGACAUUUUGAAAAAGCGAGCCCUGCUGGAAAAAGAACUCCAGAUCGACAUUCAGAAGGAUCUCUCGGCUGAAUUAGCUACAAGAACAAAGGCAGAGAGGCAUAAACAAGACGAAGUUAAAGUGGGAAGUGCAAAGCGCAAAUCAAAUGCGCAGGCACCACAACACGUUGUGAGUCCACCAAAUCGUGGAGGCAGGCCGAAAAAACAUAGGUCCCAAGGGAAUAGUGCAACACCACCAAGUGCUUCGACUGCGGCUGCUGCUGGACGUAUAAAGAAAGAAAAGCUGUACUGUCUAUGCAGAACACCUUACGACGAAACUAAGUUUUAUGUGGGUUGUGAUCUCUGCAACAAUUGGUUCCAUGGAGACUGCGUGGGUAUUACGGAAGAAAUGAGCAAAUCCCUCUCUGAGUUUGUAUGUACUGAGUGCCGGCAUGCGAGAGACACACAGGAAUUGUAUUGUCUUUGCAAGCAGCCUUACGACGAAUCUCAGUUUUAUAUCUGCUGCGACAAAUGCCAGGACUGGUUCCAUGGUCGUUGUGUAGGAAUUCUGCAAUCCGAAGCUGAUAAUAUCGACGAAUACGUGUGCCCAAACUGCCAACGCAACUCGUCGGUUAACUUCGCAAACAUGAAAAAUCUUAAUGGCAAGGAUCUUGACCUUUUAAAGAAGCUGAUCAAACAAAUUCAGGCACACAAGAGUGCUUGGCCUUUCAUGGAGCCUGUAGACCCUAAUGAGGCGCCAGAUUACUACAAGGUCAUAAAAGAACCUAUGGAUUUGCAAACCAUAGAGUUGAGGAUAAACGACAGGUCGUACAAAAAACUCAGUGAGUUUAUAGGCGAUAUGACAAAAAUAUUCGACAACUGUCGGUACUAUAAUCCAAAGGAGUCGCCAUUCUUCAAAUGUGCUGAGUCAUUGGAAACGUACUUUGUGCACAAAAUUAAGAGUCUAAGGGAAAAAUUUUCUGAGGGUAAAUAAAAUUCAAUCAAAACUCAUGAGUGACAAGAACGAGAAAGUGGAAGUGUGAAAAAAAAAAUGGCAAAUAUUAUUACCAGUGCAGUGUAAUUCGAUUGACCUGUGCAAGUAAGAAAAAAAUAAUUGAAAAGAAAAAAAAAUACUAACAAUAAAAACAACAGAGUAACAUAAACUCAAAGUAAGCAUAAGUUACAUUUAGUACAUACAAAAUUCACUAUUUAUUAGAGCUAUGCGAAAAAUCACUUUCUUUGAACUAUAACCGUAUGUACGUCACGUAUCUCUAAAGUACUCGUGACAUUGGAUCAUGAUUGAAGAACUGAAAUUUUACUGUUUUUAUUACCUGAAAUUUUGAAAGUAACAGCCGUUACUGUAGUAUAAUUUUAAUAAGGGAUAUGUAAAUUCGGUGCUAAAAGAAUUUAGAAACUAUAUAAUCAUAUUAUUGGAAAUAAUUUCUAUCAUAAUGUCGAAUGAUUAAGAAACUUCUUACUGCAUUGGGUAAGAAAUUUUUUUUUUUUUGCUUCAUUUAUCCAUUCUUUUCUUUCCUCCUUGAUUUAUCAACGCAGGUGAUUGUUUCGCAGAGUUCUAUUAUAAUUUAUACAUAAAAAUACAUUUACAGUACAUUGAUUCAGUCAUGUAUCGUUUAAUGUGCACGUUAAACAAUAAUCACGAGUAUAAUUAAAAUGAUAUGAAAUAAAUAAAAUUAAACGAAAAAAAAAAAAUAAUAAUUAUAGUAUACCAAUCACUGCCGUAGAGCAGUUUGAUUGAAAAGCAGCGACUUUAUAGUAAUCAUAUUGUUAAAUGAAACGAUUUGUCAGACGCCGUUCCGUGAAUAGAAAAAAGAUAAGAACGUAAUAUCCCACAGGAAUAAUGCAGCAUGUGUGAAAAUAUAAAUACCUAUUUACCUAGUGUGAAUCCGCCCAACUAUACGUUUCAUUACGUCAGACAAAAUGUUGCAUGUAACAUGAUAGGUGUAAGACUAUUAGGACGCGCAUAAUGAAUUGUACAAAUUUGUUUAUCGUGCUCACAAGUAAUUAUUAUUACUUACGUUGUUUUAAUCACAUAAAUUUUCUAUAAAAAUAACAAUAAUAAUAAUAAUGAAUUGUUUAUAAACGAACAUAUGAUGUUAGGUCAUAAGGGUGAAAAGCAGAGAAUUUCAACUGCGCUUGUAAAUAAAAGUAGGCAGUGUCUAGAGAUACAAUUGAAGAACAUUGGUAAGAAAAUGAUAAUCAGUUGCGUAAAAACGAAAGAAAAGGAUAGAAAGAGAAAAUGAUGAAAAGUAAAGUGAUUAAAAUUAAACAUUUAAAAGGAAAAGUUAGUUUUCAAGUAAAUUGUUUAUGUUUUAGAUAUUAAAGUAUUAUUAAAGAAAGAAAAAACAAACAUCUGAUGCUAAUAAUUAACAUAUUAGUUGCGUUCAUUUGUACAAUCCUUAAGCUACUAUUGCGGAAAUAUCGCUUCAACAAAAAAUGUAACUACAAUUCACAGAUUAAAAAUCGCGUAGGCUAACAAUUUUUUGUUUCCAAACAUAGAAUAUGAUUUGCAGUUGCGUUCAUUUUUAGUAUAUCGGCAUCAAAUCCACGGCAAGGAGAUUUAUACAUUUUGUAUCUAUCUGCACUCUGUGAGAGUCCAAGUCUUGGUAUAGCAAGAAAUUCAAAUGAUCGCAAUUAUCGUUAAAGGAUCAAAUAUCAUCGCUCUUGAAUUGACUUCGUAGUUCGAUCGCAUCAAGUUUAUCAUAUCAAAAGAUUUUUUCUACCAUAUUUUAUCGUUUCACAAAUACCGAUCUGAAUACAUCCUGAUACCAUAGAUAUACUGAUACCUAAAACACAACACAUUUGUAGGGUAGCGUUGCUCCCUGUAAACUUACAAGACCUGGCACUGAUCUGUUUUUUUUCUUUUUUUUUUACCUAGGCUUUUCAAUUGUUAUAGUUAAAUUUGUCUUAAAAUAAGCUUAAUUAAUUUUCUUGUUUAUAUGCUAUGGCGAUGGUGACUGAUUAAAAUUCUGCAAAUAUAUCGUUCACAAUUUCUAUUGUAUUCUAUUGGGUAUAUCGUUCGAUGAUAUUCAUACCCGGUGUAUUGAACACUUAGCUUGUUAAAUCGAGUUAUAUCAAUUGUUGUAAGAAAUAUCAAAAAGUUUUAUUUUCAAAACUAUCAAAACUUAAGUAGUUGAAAUUACAGCGAUCUAUUGCUAAGAUUCGGAGUGUCAAUGAGCAUAUAGAUUAAGGUUUAUAUCGAGGAAAAAAAGUUAAGAAAAAACGCAAAACGACAAAUUUUCAAACUUCACUGGCAAGCACAUUCUGACAGCCCCUUUUGCUUUACCGGUUCUCUACUAUUAAUCAUGUAAGGUAUUUUAAUCCUUUCACGAAAAAGCAACAAAGUGUGAUUAUCUAAUUAUAUUCAUCUGAAACCUAAUACUAAAUAGUUUAUAAUAAAUAUAUUUGUACUAAUUUUAAUCAUAUACUUUGUUGUUUUUAUUGCACUACAAUAUAAAUUAGUAAAAAAUAUAUCUGACGUAUUACAAUUUUA